AUGCACACUCCCGAGACCCGACUUGUGGCCAGUCGCAGGCGACAGGGCUGCAUUCCUCCCCCCUUCCACUCGGGCUGUGCUUUCCAUCUCCCACACUCUCCCACUCUUCCCAUGUGCCUCUUCUUCGUCCAAUCCAAGCAUCGUGCCCCCCCGAAUGCUAAUCCUUUCCUCCUCUACCCACAGGUCCACAAGCUCUGCCAGGAGUCCGCCCCGGAGAUCCUCGAGAAGUUCCAGCCGCAGCUCAUGAUCGCCAUCGGCGGCGGCGGCUACGUCCCCGCACGCAUCCUGCGCUCCUUCCUCAAGAAGCCCGGCUCGCCCAACAUCCCCAUCCAGGCCAUCGGCCUGUCCCUCUACGAGUCGCUGCCCACCGACACGGUCGAGGAGAAGCCCGGCACCAAGGUCACGCGCACCCAGUGGCUCGACCUCUCGAGCCUCGGCAGCAUGAGCAACCUCGUCGGCAAGCGCAUCCUCAUCGUCGACGAGGUCGACGACACGCGCACCACGCUCGAGUACGCCGUCAAGGAGCUCGAGAAGGACGUCGAGCAGGCGAGGAAGGAGAUGGGCGCCGAGGGCGAGGAGACGCAGUUCAGCAUUUUCGUGCUCCACAACAAGGACAAGCAAAAGAAGGGCGUCCUGCCCCACGCCAUGCUCGAGUCCGGCAGGUAUAAGGCCGCGCGAACGGUCGGCGAUGAGUGGAUUUGCUACCCGUGGGAGGCGAUCGACAUCGAGGAGCACGACGAGCUCGCUCGGCAACAAAAGGCGAACGGCAGUGCUUAG